AUGAAUAUACUAGCAAGCAGAAGAGGGGUCAGAAGUGUGCAGAUGCUUAUCAUUUAUGCCUUUCUUGCCUUUUCUCUGCAGAAUGACCCAGAUCAAGAUGGAAGCAUUGAGCUGCAGGGCACCAGCAUAGAAACUCUGCCGGAUAUCUCCUUGGAUGAUGUCCAGUCAUUGGACAAUCCACCAAAUUUCAAGCCUCCACCUCCUCCCUCUCAGCAAAUAAAUUCAUCAGCUAUGCACAGGGACAUUAUAAAGGAGAAGCCCAAACGUUCUUCAUCUGAAUCCUCACAGUCAGGUCUCUUCUUCACGGUACCACACAGCCCCACACACCCAACAGCUAGCAUGGAUCCUGACAACAUGAGUGACCGAUCUUCAGUGACAUCCACAUCUGCUUCCUCAACUAUAGAUAACUCUCCCAAUGCUGUGUAUGCAACUAUUAAUCCAAACACUCGCACUGUAAAGAAGGAGGUAUCAGCCCAGCUCUCCAUGGUGUCCCACAAGCCGAUUGGCCCUUUUCCCAGGGUGCAGUCACCAACACAAUUAAAGUCAACAUCACCAGAACCCACACAAGGACCAAGUGUAAUAACCCCUCCUCCACCGGCCCAUCCCGCACCAUCACCGCCAAACUCAGUGGCAAAAUCACAAGCACAUUCCUCGGCAAAUAACCAGCACUUUGUAAUGGUGGAGGUACACCAGCCAAACAGUGAACCAGAUGUCAAUGAAGUCAGAGCACUACCACAAGCAAGAGCUGUUCUCCUGCUGUCCCCUCCAGCCUCCACCCUUUCCCAACUAUCUGACAGUGGACAGACCCUCAGCGAGGACAGUGGGGUGGACAUCGGAGAAGCUGGGGCCAACAGCAAAGACAAUAGCCCCAUUCCUGCCAAAACAAAAAUCAUAAAGGAGCCCUGGAAAAGUGAAGGAUCAGCAGGGAUCAGUGCUAAACCACCUGGUCUCUUGGACCCAACAUCAACUUUAAUCCGAGUACAGAAGACUGCGCCCACUCUGGGCAUUGCAAUUGAAGGAGGUGCCAACACCCGCCAGCCAUUGCCACGGAUUGUCACAAUACAGGGUAAAGUAUAUGGCCUUUGGUUUACCAGGUCAAUCCAAAACAAGCCUGGAAUUGUUUGGGCCUUGUUUUCUUUGGUUUACAUGAUUGACUCAGUAGUUAUCAGUAAGACCUGUUUGGAUGAUAACUCAGGACCUCAUCUUGCUGCCUGUGUACUUGCAGAUCUCUGUGUAUUUCAUAGCCCUAGACAGAGUAGUAGCAACGGUGGAGUAGCUGUCUCUUUCGUUGAUGCUUCAGAUGUCCCACGUGAAUGCUGGUAG